AUGGAACGACGCGAGCUGGUCGUGCUUGACGUUGAGGGGACGAUAUUUAAGACCAGGAUUUGCACGCUGACCUCGGUGCCCGGGGCUUAUUUUGCGAGACUGUUUUCUGGGGAUUGGAAGCGAUUGUUGGACAAGGAAGGCCAACUCUUCAUUGACAGAGAUGCUACAUUAUUUCGCAUAAUUUUAAACUUCCUUAGAGAUGGUCCAAAAAUCCCUCUCCCAUCCGAUGAAUAUCUUCUACGCAAAGUCCGACAUGAAGCUGAUCAUUACGGCCUUUUUGAGUUGAUUGAUCGUGUCGAAAAAAAACUAGCUUCGUACUCUAAUGGAACUCUGAAGCGAGACGCCCAGGGAAAACCCGGCUCCAGAGCGCCUCCCCGAAAUCGACCUCCACUACCUAUGGAAAAAUCGGAAACUAGCCAAAGGGAAGAGAAAAUUGUUAGAUUUGGCUCGACACCUGUUUUGAUCCCCUUAGCAGGAACUAAAGGGUUCACCUCAACAGACCCAGUACUGCCAAGGAGAAUCGACAGUAAGACAGUGCGAAAAGCUGAUAGCAUAUCUCAAAUAAGCUUGCCAAGGAAUUUUGCUCAUGUGGCGCAUGUUGGAUGGAAUGGGGACGGUAUUAUAUUUGAAAAGCAUUUGCUUGGAGAUGGGGAAUCUGUGCGUAAAAUUAUCGCCGCGGCCCAGGAACCUGAUCUGACGCCAAUCUACAAUGUGAUAAAUGGUGAUUCGGCGGAUUACGGUAGUCACUCGCUGGAAGUGGUUCUCGCCGGGCCUCAUAUGCAAUCUCCUGCAAAGCUCGAGGCUACAGAUGAUCGUCGGAAUUCUGGAGAAUCACCCCGCAACGAAGCCACCUGGAGACUUUGGAAGAGUCUUUUCAGGAUGAAUGGCCUGGGCCUCCAAAUUGCCAGCUGGGCCUUUUUGCGUCUUUCCCUC